AUGGCCACUGCAAUAUAUAUUCUAGACAAUGAGUUCAAUCAGCUAAUAUCCAGAUCCUAUCGUUCUGGCAAUUUGCCCGACGACAUAAUUGACAAUUUCAGAUUGAAGCUUAACUACUCAAAUCUAAACUUACUACCACCUAUAUUCCAGAUCAACUCUAUCAACUAUCUAUACAAAAAUGACAACGAUACCUCUAGCACCUCUGUACCAAACAGCUGCAUGAAGACAAAUAUAAUGGUUCUAUCUUGCUUUCUAUCUAACUUGAUUCAGAUUUUGAAAAAUUAUUUCCAUGUGUCUCAUUUAAAUGAUGAAUUAAUUAAAGAUAAUUUUGUCUUUCUUUAUGAACUAUUUGAUGAAGUUAUGGAUUUUGGAUUGCCUCAAAUAACUGAUUAUCAGAUACUAAACGAGUUUAUCAAAAUUAAAAAAAAUUUAUCUUUACAUUCAGAUAACGAUCUCACCUUUGCAAAUACUGAUAUCGAUAAUGGCAUUAAUAAUAAAAACAAAAAAAUAAAGAAAAAUGAUAAUUCAAUAUCUUGGAGACCAAAGGGUAUCUUUUAUAAGAAGAACGAAUUAUUCAUUGAUAUAGUUGAAGAAAUUAAUUUGUUUAUAAAUUCAGAUUCAAAAAUAAUAAAUCAAUUCAUAAAUGGCAAAAUUUUAGUAAAAUCGUACUUAAGUGGUAUGCCAAUUUUAAAACUUGGUUUAAAUGAAUUUUUAGCAUCAAUCAACUUGAAACAACAACAAGAAAAACAAGAACAACAAGAAAAACAAGAGGAUAGCUUUAAACAAAUAAAAUUUGAUAAUAUAAAUUUCCAUCAAUGUGUUGAAUUAUCAACAUUUACAAAUAAUAACAUAAUAUCGUUUAUUCCUCCUGAUGGAAAAUUCAAGUUAUUAUCUUACAAGAUUAAUGUGAAAAAGAAACCGUUAAUCAAGAUAUCCAAUAUCAAAUUUAGGUUAAAAACAAAGUUGAAUUGCAAAUUUUUAUUAAUUUAUUUAGAAUUAUCAUCAUUUUUCAAAAAGAAUUUGGUUGCUACAAACGUGGAGAUAAUAAUUCCAAUUAAUAUUAAAAAGUACAAAUUGAAUUUGAUUAAUGGAACACCCAGAUUUAAAACUCAAAUUGGCAAUGUGUUUUUUAAUUUAGAGAAAAAUUCCAUAAUUUGGAAGAUUUCAUCAUUAAAUGGAAAUAAGGUUUUUAAAAUGAUAAGUGAAUUGCCGUUAUUAUUGAUUAAUGAGGAGUAUAAUUUAGAUUUGAAUUUCAAAAAAGUGAUUCAAUUGAAGUUUGAGAUUAAAAACUUUACAUAUAGUGGAUUGAAGGUUGAUUAUUUAAAAAUUGAUGAAGAGUUGUUGAAUUAUCAAUCAUUCCCCUGGGUUCGGUAUAAGAGUAUUAACGAUGAGUACUUUUUCAAAUACAAUGAUGAUGAUAAUGAUAAUGAUAAUAAUGGUAAUAAAGUCGUUUAG